AUCUCCUCCUCCUAGUUUGAUCGUUAAUCUCUCAAUCCUUUCUUCUCCAAAUUUCUUUAAGCAGAAACCCUCUAGGCCGGAAACUGGAACGAAAACGAAUUUAGUCGCGGAGGUACUUAUCAGUUUCUUUCUCUAUACUUUCAAUUUCAGAGUCUGGAAGGUUUUGACGGUCCAAUCGCAGGCUCUCUUGAUUUGUGUUGUAGCAAUUAGAACGAGGGGUUAUAGGAAGACUUUUUCAGAUUGCGCGUUAGGAUGGCCCAUUUGUUUCAGAUUGUGGGUUUCUGUCUCUCGUCGGUCUAAGUCAAUCAACUUCGGUUGAUUCGCUGACUGUGCGUGCAUUCAUGAGCUCGUACGUAUCCAAUAACCGUAUUAUGCAUUUCGUUGCUGGAUACUGGAUAUUAAGGGUUAGCCUAAUGGUGGUGGAAGUAGUGUUAAUACUGGCUGGAAAUGCUUUUCAUUGUAUGUUUUGUCAAACCCGACAACUGAAUGUUCCCAUAGGUUGUGAAGAACGUUAUCUAUAAUGGAUGGGAAGGAUUUUUGGAGUGCUCGGAUGCCUGCUUCUCUUGUUGGAGAAGCUCGUGCGGUUGGGGUUGAAUGGAGAGCUACAUUGCAGCCAGAAUCACGGGAAAGGAUCGUGAAUGAAAUGUGACUGUAUGCUGAAAAAUUGCUUGGAGGGGUUGUGCAUCUUGAUUGGUCACUGAUUAUGAACACGGAUAAAUUAUGGCAUAGAGUGGAUACAAUAAAGAGGCAUCUACAUUUUUCUGGUCAAGAGGGACUACAACAACUGAAGAAAAUUGCUGAACUAAUUGAGGGAAAGAGCUAUAAUGCAGCAGCUAGUCAGUCUGAUUAUUGGCAUGAGAUAUCUUCGAAGAUGCUCACGUUGAAUAGCAAAUCACAGAACUCAGUACCCAACUCUUCGACGUCCAACUCAGUUUGCACUGGCGAUAAGCCCCCUGAUGCAGAAGUGUUGACAGCAGCGCCUAGUAAGCUCCUCCAAGAGCAGUCGCUUCUUGUACCGCCAGAUAAUCAACUGCAAGCAGAGCAACAGGUGUUAUCUGAAAAUAUGGAGACCACUAUAACUUCUAAUGGAGGUCAAACUCCUACUAGUUUACCGACUUCAUUGCCUCCUGCUUCUGGUACAAAUCAGACUCCAAACAAUGUCACUAGCCAGAAUGCUAACAACAUGCCUAUUGUUACACCAAACACAGUUGGUGGUACUUUGACGGCCCAAGGGGUUCCAUCGAACAUGUUUGGCAAUGCUCAACUACAGCUGAUAGAGCUCCAAAAACAGCUGUUACAGCUUCAACAACAGCUGCUGAUACAGUUACAAGGUCAGCAACAGCUGCAGCCUCAACAAAGUGUUAUGAAUACGACUCAACUCCAUCCAGCUACACAAUCCGGCAUGCAAAAGUCAUCUGUUUCAAUGAUUGGGGCUCCGAUAUCUAGUCUUCCACAGAAUCGGCUAUCCUCUGUCCGACAGUCUAUCAUCAUGGAGCAACUACAACAGCAGCAGACUAACCAUCAAAAUACGUUGGGCCACCUGUUGAUGGUUCAGCAGAAUAACCGUUCUGGUAUCCACCAGCAACAAAUGGUUCCGCAAAGUAAUUUCCCAGGCCUGCAACAACAGAUUCCGCAACAUCAGUUGCUUGGAACUCAGUAUGGUAACUCAAGCAUGCAGAGUAACCUUUCUAGUAACCAUCAGCAACAAUUGGUUCCUCAAAGUCUACAGCAGCAAAUGCUGCAGCAGGGAACUCAAACCGGUAACUCUGGGAUGCAGAGUAACCUUUCUGGUAAAGAUCAGCAACAACCAAUUCCUCUCUCAGGUCUACGGCAGCUAAUGUCGAAGCAACCGCGGCUUGGAACCAUGUCUGGUAUCUCAAGUAUGCAGAGUAACCUUUCUGCAUCACUAGAUUCUACAGCACAAACUGGUCAUGCAAACGGAGGUGGUUGGCAAGAGGAAGUCUAUCAAAAGAUCCAAACCAUGAAGGAAAUGUACUUACCCGAGUUAAAUGAAAUGUACAAGCAAUAUGAUGCAAAAUUACAGCAGCAUUGCGAUUCACCUGUGCUCAAGGCGAAGCUGGAGCGCAUGAUAUCUUUCUUACAAGUAUCGAAGGACAGCCUCUUGCUCAGUUACAAGGACUGUCUUGAUUCCUACGAGGAAGAGAUGGCAACUCUCCUGAAUUUGUAUAGGCCCAGCAAGCGUAUGCGACAGCUUCCCUCUCCUGACGUGCAAAAAAUGUCACCGCUGUAUCAGAUCGAUGAUGCUAAGGAGAUGAAACCCGACAUUUCUUCUCUUCCAAAUGCCGACGAUGUUGUGUCAUCUGUUGAACAAGCAUGGUAAUGCUGUGGCAAGUAGGGACACUGGGAGUUGCAGAACUCGGGGUAGUUAAAGCGAUUAGUAAAACAAGAAACAGUUGUUCUCUACUUCAUGAAGCAACAAUAAUGUUGCAAUUAUUUUUAGUCGGCCAGUGUUUUUUACUUUUAUUUUGUGACCACGUCAGUAAAGGUAUGUAUGUAUGUUUUGAUCUUGUAUAUGAGAAAAUAAAAAUUGUUGC